UUUGUUUGAGAUAGCAAAUUAGCAUUAAUUUUUAGAUUAAGAACAUAAAUUCAUAAAAAUACAAUAACAAAAGACAUAAAUGGAUUCUGACAAAGGAAUCCCUGCAACAAACAAUUUUAUUAUUCCAUCUUUUUCAUCUCCAUCCAUCCACAUUCCAUUCCUUCCCAAAAUUCCAUCUUUCCCCAUUGAUUACCCCUCUGAUUCGCUCUAAAUUCAUUUGUUUCUCAUUUCUUUAUCUUCAAUCCUUCGAGCUUCCGGCUAUGAAAUUUGGGAAGGAGUUCAAGACCCAUUUAGAACAAACCCUCCCUGAAUGGAGGGAUAAAUUUCUCUGUUACAAGCCUCUCAAAAAGCUACUCAAACAUUACCCUAAUCUCCCUUCUACUCUUUAUCCAAUACCCACUAACCAUUCUCUUAAUUUUCUUCUUCCUCCCCUUCAACCCCCUCCUGUUUCAUUUGACGAUCUCACCGAGGCUGCCCCCUGUGAAACUGCUGCUGCUGCUGCUUCUUUGGCUGAUCUUCAAGAUUGGUUUGUUAGGAUUCUCAAUGAAGAAUUGGAAAAAUUGAAUGAUUUUUAUGUUGAUAAAGAGGAAGAGUUUGUUAUUCGGUUUCAGGAGCUAAAGGAAAGAAUAGAUCGUGUGAAGGAAAAGAGCAGCAGGGGAGGUGUUUUUACAUCAGAGAAUGAAUUCAGUGAAGAAAUGAUGAAUAUUCGUAAGGACUUUGUUGCCAUUCAUGGAGGAAUGGUGCUUCUGAAAAACUAUAGCUCCCUAAAUUUUGCAGGACUAAUUAAAAUUUUGAAGAAGUAUGAUAAACGUACGGGCGAACUGUUGCGUCUUCCUUACAUGCAACUCGUAGUACGUCAACCUUUCUUCACCACAGAACUUCUCACAAGCCUGGUUCAUCAAUGCGAGGCAAACCUUGAGCUACUCUUUCCACUGGAAGCAGAAGUUAUUGAAUCAACACCAGCCUUACCAGUUGAUCCGAACCCUCCUCUAACUGAUAACUCCAAAAUUACUACAUCCAAGACACCUUCGGACCUUGGGGAGGAAAGCGAGGAUUUAUAUCGAAGCAUUGUUGCUGCAAUGACAGCCAUUCGUGGGCUACAGAAAGAAAGUUCCACCAAUAACCCUUUGUCAUUUUCUUCUCUCUUUAAGGGUCAGGAUGAUGAGAGCACUGGUGCUGUGACAGAUGAGAACUCUCCCUCAAACUCUUUAGCUUCUUUACCUAAAGUUGAUGAUGAUGAUGAAUAGUUUUUUCUCUCUCUAUGUAACUGAGUUUUGAUAACUUCUUGUUGUCAAGAGUUCACCUUUCAACUUUGUACACAAAUUAGAUUUGAAUGAGAGGUUUCUAAUUUUGUACAGUCAGUAUAUAUAUAGAAUUCAAUUGGUUGAUGCGAA